AUGGUGAAGCACUGCUUCCGUUAUCAGCAAACUGUUACCGUUGAACACAGUUCUUACUCGUUCACCUCUCGUCGUCUUCUACAGCAACAGGGUUGUGAAGUUUCUGACCUACAUGAUCUUGUUCCAUAUCCUGCUCCAUUACCCUUUGCACACCUCUCACGUAUUGACAGCUCACUCUUCUCCCCUGACUCCAUCAAUAUUUCAUUGCCACUAUCACCCUCUUCAUCACCAUCAAGCUCCCGUGCACCAUCUCUGCAGCCUAUCAUGCCUAUCCCUCACCGUCUACCCCGUGUCAUGACCACCACCAUCGCCAAGGAAUUUUCUGACAUCCUGAAGCUGGCCGCUGACAGAUCCAAUUAUCGGAUUUGGUUGGGCCACAUCAAGUGUGCCACUGGUGGUUGCGACACCGAUGAGCUUCUUGAUCGUGCUGCUGACCCGACAUCUGAUGUGGAGCGGAAGCUUAAUAAGCAGAUGCUUAAUGCGAUAACUGGAAAGUUCCAUGACUCACUGUUCAAGAAGUACCUGAAUGUCAAGAAGGUACAUGAAGUUAUGACUGGCUUGAAGGUUGAAUUCGGAACUUCGACUGCUGCAUCCGAGGCCUGGAUGAAGGCAAAACUUUUCUCACUUAGGUGCUCCGAUGACCAUAAGGUCCAUCAGCACUUAGACCAGCUUGCCGAGCUCAAGGAGAAGCUGUCAGAGAUGAAUGUCAAGAUCGAGGACUGUACUUACAUCAAUGCGAUUACCACAUUUAUCCCUUGUUCAUUCGCAUCCACCGUCACUGCAAUCACUACUGCUGUCGACAUUUUCAAUUCGACACUUGCACCUGGUGCUGCUUGCAAGGUCGUCACAUCAACAGAAAUAGUUACCACUCUUCGUGCGGAGGCUGAUUUCCGCUCGGUGUUGAAGUCUGGCGAUAAGACCACAACAGCCAGUGCCGCCAUCACUGGCGGUUGUGGAGGAGGCCGAGGGCGUGGCCGUCAUGGUUAUAGAGGUCGUGGCAAUGGCUCGAGCAAAGGGAAUGUGCCAAAAUCAGAUGAUGAUCUUACCUGCUACAAGUGUGGUGGAAAGGGGCAUCGUGCACCCAACUGCCCAUUGAAGAAGCAGUAUUAUCAGCGCUCAAAGGGGAAAUCGGAGGCUGCUGCGAGCAGCUCUGGUUCCACUGAUACAAAGCCCAAGGCAGAUGGGAAGCUGAAGGACAAUGUGAAGGAUACUUCUGCAUCGACUGUCGCUGUACAGUCCGUCUCGUCCGUGCAUAUUGAGGAAGCCUGGAGUGCUUCCAUGGUGUUCUCUGCUCCUCUCGAGGAGAUUGUGAUUGACUGCGCUGACCUUGCAGCCCAAGACGAAGUCCAGAUCUCGGAGACUUACCAUGCCUUCGCCAGAGUGGCCGAAUCCGAUCAUCGAGUCGACAUUUUUGACACUGGUGCAUCGCACCACAUGACGCCGCAUCUUGAUCGGCUGUCGAACUUCUGCACCACUGCGCCACAUCAGAUUCGUGCCACAAACUCAGAGAUCUUCUACUCGCAUGGUGUGGGUGACCUGCUAAUGCGUCUUCCUGCCAUAAAUGGUGGCAGGCAUAUUCGGCUGAAAGGGGUUCUGCAUGCACCUGCUAUGCACGCCACACUUAUCUCGUUAGGCCUUCUCGAUGAGGCCGGGUUUGCCUGGCUAGGCCAUGAAGGCACAUUGACAAUUUCGAACAGGGAAAAUGAUGUCAUUGCGAGCAUUCCACAUGAGGACAAUCUUUAUAGCAUUUUUUAUGACUCUACAUCCCUGGCGUCAGCUGUCGAGUUAUCGCUUUUCAAAAUUCAUAAGUGGCUCGGCCAUGUCAACUAUGCAUACCUCAAAGCCAUGCUUCGUCAUGAUCGCAUCGCUGGCAUCACUCUUGAUCCUCAACGUGCUGAUAAGACUGAAUGUAGGACAUGCCUUGUUGCAAAGGCAUGCCACGCCCUCAUUGCCACGGUACAUCAAUCACCGUUGGCAGAGAAGUUUGGCGAACAUCUUCAUAUGGACGUGUGGGGGUCUGCGUCAGUGUUUACCAUUGAUUGCUGCAAGUAUUGUCUUACCCUCAUAGACGAUGUGACUUGCUGGCUCAAAAUGCCGCUUAUGCGUGUGAAAUCUGAAGCAUUUAGAAAAUAUGUCAGUUUCGAAGUGCACCUGCAAACACAGCACGGCGUGCGCACCAAGAUCCUGCAAUCUGAUCGUGGCGGCGAGUUCCUGUCUGCCAAUAUGGAUGCGCAUCUUGAGUAUGCCGGUACUGUUCAAAAGUUGACUGUUCAUGAUACACCAGAACAUAACGGUGUAGCGGAACGCACACACCUAACCAUUUUUGAUGGCAUGCGCACCGCGCUCGCUGGGUCCGGUCUUCCGAAGUGGCUAUGGGGUGAAGCUCUUGCUUACAUUGUUUAUGUCCAUAACCGCACGGCUUGCCACGCACUGCAGGGAAAAUCCCCUUUUGAAGUCCAUUUUGGCCACACUCUGGAUGUCUCAAAUCUGCAUGAAUGGGGUGAAAUUCGUGAGCCUGUUGAUCCUGAUAUUGUCACGGGCAAGUGUUCCCUCAUGGACAUUAGCAUUGACAACGACGAAGAAUGCGAGGUGGUCGCAUACUCCGUAGGCACCGCUGCAUCGGAUUUCCUAGAGUUUGAUCCUCACUCUGUUGCUGAGGCAAAGCAUCGUCCAGACUGGCUGAAAUGGCAAGAGGUUUUUCGCACCAAGCGUGAUGCAUGCGGAGAGGUCACAGGUUAUUGCGUGCACUUAGUCACCCAAGGAUUCACGCAAGUCGAAGGCAUCAAUUAUUUCUCUGAUGACACCUUCGCCGCAGUAUGCAAACUCGCGUCCGUGUGCAUUAUUCUCUCUGUCACCGCGCGCAAUGGCUGGUACACCCACCAAGUCGAUGUCAAGAGUGCUUACCUCUAUGGCAAGUUGUGCGACGAUGAGAAAAUCUAUAUGCGGCCACCGCCAGAUAUCGAACUCGACAGGAUAUCCCCUGGACAACUACUACUAUUGCUCAUUGCUAUCUACAGACUGAAGCAGUUGGGCCGACACUGUUUUGCUGAUGCAAAGCCACUCUCCCAGCCUAUGGAUACCCAUGCCCACCUAUCUGUCAACCAGUGCCCUGUGACCACUGCGGAGUAUGCCAUCAUGCACGACAAGCCAUACCUCGAGGCACUCGGAGCACUACAGUAUGUCUCUGUCACUACCCAUCCUGACAUUACUUUCGCCGUCGGACAGCUCACCCAAUUUGGUCGGAACCCGGACAUCGUGCACUGGAAUGCUCUCAAGUGUGUUUACCAGUACCUCAAAGGUACUGCGGACCUAUGGCUUGUUCUCGGUGACUCGGAAGACAACAACAUCAUUGGCUACUCUGACGCUGAUGGUAUGAGCACGGAGGGACGCCGCGCUGUUUCCGGCUACAUUUUUAUGCUGAACGGUGGCACUGUCUCAUGGUCUUCAAAGUGUCAAGAUCUCGUCACCUUGUCGACAACCAAAGCUGAGUACAUCGCACUCACAUAUGUCAGCAAAGAAGCACUGUGGUUACGCUCAUUUGUUAUUGAAUUAUUCGGCAAUCCUGAACACCCCAUUCCUCUUCACUCCGACAAUCAGUCCGCCAUCACACUUUCGAAAGACAAUCAUAACAAGAUCAACCUCUCGUACUGUCCUACCGAGGACAUGAUCGCGGACAUUCUGACGAAGGCCUUGCCUUCGAUGAAGAGCAAACACUUCACUUUGUCAAUAGGACUCUCGAAAGUUUGA